AUGGGUUCAAUCACUCCCCCAGAAGUGUCCCUCGCGGCAAUCCAAGACCAGAAGACAAAAACCAUCUCUGUUACGCAACGACAAACUCCAGUCCCCAUCGGUACCCAGGUCCUAGUCAAACUACAUUAUUCCGGAGUCUGCGCCACAGACCUCCACCUGGCUCGCGGGAACAUUCCCUACCUACAGCCCAAAGUCUCAGUGGGCGGCCAUGAAGGCACCGGUGUAAUCGCCAGUCUCGGGCCCGAAGCAGACACGACAAAGUGGCACAUCGGCGAUCGGGUCGCGGUACGCUGGGUACAUAUUGUCUGCGGAAAAUGCGAAGUCUGCACGACAGGCUAUGAGAAUCUAUGCCGGAGUCGAAAACUCGCAGGGAAGGACAUCGAAGGCACAUUUGCCGAGUACGCUAUUGCCGACAGCUCUUAUAUGGUUAGGCUUCCGGAUGGAGUGUCCGACGCCGAUGCUGCACCGAUCCUAUGUGCUGGUGUUACUGUUUACAAGGCGCUUAAGAUUGCCGGCCUGCGCAUGGGGUCGUGGGUGGCCAUCGCAGGCGCUGGUGGAGGCUUGGGGCAUCUUGCUAUCCAGUACGCACGUGGCAUUGGCCUCAAGGUCGUCGCCCUUGACAUAAACAAAAGAGACCUCUGUUUGAGCCUUGGAGCGGAUGUCUAUAUCGAUAUAUUGGAGACGAGGAACUGUGUGUCCGAUGUCAUCGAGGCCACCGGUGGUGGAGCUCACGGAGCACUAAUCUGCGCCUCCUCAGCGCAGGCUUAUACCGACGCCAUCGGGUUUCUAAGACAGACUGGAACCCUCGUCUGUAUCGGUCUCCCGUCAAAACCUACAACUCUGCCGUUAGGGCCUGCAGACUUUGUUGCUCGCGGUAUUAAGGUUCUGGGUACAUCCACUGGAGACCGGCAGGACACGCUGGAGGCGCUUGAAUAUGUAGCGAAGGGUCAAGUAAAGCCACAACUGAUUGAAAAGAAGCUGGGAGAUAUCGAUGAUAUCUUGAAGGAGCUUGAGGACGGGACAGCGCAGGGCAAAUCUGUUAUUAGGAUAGCAUAA